AACGGUGUAAGAACGUACACCACAAGCUUGCUCUUCCAACGGAGACAUUGUUCUUAGAGUGGAACCCCUAUACUUUUGCAACAUUGUGUUAUGCAAUUGCCGUUGUUGAAUGUUUUCAAUUGCAAGAUCAACCUAAAGCAGUCAAUAUGGUUCCAUCUAUUAUGAUGGGUUAUGAUGGAAUCAGGUCUUAUAAAUAGGUGGUCAAGGUCUCCACUCCAAACCCUCUUUUCUCAUACUUUCCCAUCUUUGUGUGAGACUAAGGUCAAAAUCAAAAGAAGGAUUUUGGAGGCAGAAGACGAAUAACCACACUAAGAUUUUCUUCCUCUAUGGCGAUAGAGACGAGAGAGAGGGGCUCGCACACCACCACCACCGGCGACGAUGCUUCCCACCUCCACCGGCGACCACGCUUACCAUCUCCACCAGCGACCACACUCCCCACCUCCACCACCAGAACCCAACCACAGCGCUACCCACCGCCAGAGACCGCCACCACCACCAGCUGGGAAAUCCGACGUUGUUACCCCACCACGAAGGCUCAUCCUUUCUUAAAAGACAAGAGGAAGUUCGUGUAUAAUGUUUGUGCCAAUUGCAAUCAUCUCGUCAUUACAGAACAGGCCGUAUGCAAUAUCAUUGCUGAAACUCUUACAACUCAAAUUUUUUUGGAGGGCUAAGGGUUGUGUUUUGGAUCCAAUUUUUUUGGAGGGCCCUAUGCAAAAUCAUGAAGUUGCUGAAAGAUCUCUGCAGUUUUCUGGUGCUAUGAAUACUGUUUUUUAAUGAAGUUGCUGAAACUCU